UUUCAGCUUCUCAGAAGAAGACAGCAACUUCUUGUUUGAGCAACGUGAUCUCGUCAUUCAUCUGCAACAACCCCAGUCACAACAGAGACGAUGAACAGCAGGAAGAAGGUAAUCGUGACGGGAUUUGAGCCUUUCGGUGAGCAUGUGGUCAACUCCAGCUGGGCGGCAGUGCAGGAACUGGAGCGGUUGGGACUGGGUGAGGCAGUAGAUCUCUACGUGUGUGAGAUACCUGUUGAAUACAAAGCUAUUGGGAGCCUUUUGCCAUCGCUGUGGAAAGAGCACCGGCCAGAGCUGGUUGUCCAUGUCGGUGUUUCUGGAUUAGCGACGACAGUCACUCUGGAAAAGUGCGGUCACAACAAAGGCUACAAACGUCUGGACAACUGCAGUUUCUGCCCGGCCUCUCAGUGGUGCAUGGAGGACGGCCCUGACUGCUUAAAAUCGGUCCUAGACAUGGAUACGAUCUCCAGGAAGGUCAAUGAUUCAGACAUCGGGAUCACUGCGUCGGUAUCUGAGGACGCUGGAAGGUAUCUUUGCGAUUACACCUACUACACGUCUCUGUACCUGGGGCAGGGACGCGCUGCCUUCGUCCACGUGCCUCCACUAGGAAAACCCUACAGCAGACAGGACCUGGGCCGAGGCCUGCAGGCUGUCGUGCAGGAAAUGCUGAAGCUCCAGGAGGGUAAUCACAGUGAGGAGGACCUCUGCAAAUGUGCCGUUAACAGGAUCGUAACUACUCAUGAUGACUGACUUCAAACAUCAUCUAAACUCAACCAACAAAGUUAGCCUCUGUCUCUUAGCAACAGUGUAAUCAGUGUAAGAACUGACGCAAGGACAACAGCGAGAGAUGGUUGUGUGAGUCAAUCAUGGCAAAACUCUGCCUCAGAUUGUUAUGGUUGUCAAUAUUUUAAACUGUGAAAGAAACAUUAAAAGUUGUAAAACAGGACACAUCUGUUUUGAUUUUGACAGCUGUAGUCUGUUUUACUAUUUUUAUGUGUUUUUAUGUGCAUGAUGAGAAGGCAAAAGUGAGUAUUUGCAAUGUCUGUCUUUGUAUUCCCAUAAUAAAGUUGCAGGUUAGCAUUUAUUAAUGCCAUGCCAUGUAAAAACAGGGAGGGGGAUGUGAACAAUUUGAUGUUUCUGAUGUAUGUAUGUGAUGUGACUGCAAAGCAAAGCCAGGCGAGAACUAUCAAUGAUUAAAUCAUUUCACACAA